CACUUGUAGAAUGAAAUGAUAAUCGAGGCAUGGAGGAGAAGGGGGAAUGAUUUUCACAUUCAUCUUAUUAUUGCCGUGUAUAUUUAUUUGUUUGUUUGUUGACCAGAAGCAAGCUACAUCCCAACCAUUCAUGACUGAACACCAAUCCCCACCCCUUUCUGAUUAGAUUCCAAACAAGGGGAAACCCGAGCUCCUGAUCGGAAUUCACGAAGAAUACCCAAAAAAACCGAUCGGAAAAUCCAAUCGAAGCGUAGAAGAUCUUAUCCGGCGAUGAAUUUCAGAAGCUUGGAAGAGUUCUGGGGCUUCUACGUGACACAGCACUCGAACCCGUCGACCAGAAGGUGGCACUUCAUGGGAACACUGAUGAGCAUCGUGGCGUUGGUCAGUUCGAUAUUGUUCAGUCGGUGGCUGUUGAUAAUGGUUCCCGUUUCUGGGUAUGGAUUCGCUUGGUACAGCCAUUUCUUCGUCGAGGGGAACCUGCCGGCGAGUUUCGGACAUCCGAUUUGGUCUCUUCUGUGUGAUCUGAAGAUGUUUGGUCUGAUGCUCACCGGAAGCAUGGAGAGGGAGAUGAAGAGGCUUGGCAAGAGGCCUCUCACGGCUACGAGGGCAUAGUCGUCGAUUCACUUGGUCUUUGGGUCGCGUUUGGCUUUGCGUUUAGAUGGUUGUUGUCGUAGACUGUAGUGAUGUACAUGUGUGUAGGUAUGGAUUAAGGGGACCGAUAUUCAUGAAUAACAAACGCUUUUUAUCCUGACGUUA